UGGCGAAGGGAGCCGAGCAGGAACAAGGCCCCAGCAAUGGCCCAGCAGGAAGAGCUGCCUCUGGGGAAGAUCGAAUCCCAAGACCCCCUCUCCAAAGAGAUCGACUUGGUGGAAAGAGAUCCCAAGCAGAUCAACCAAGAGGUGGUCAAGGUGGACUUUGAAGAUGUGAUCGCCGAACCGGAGGGCACCCACAGCUUCGACGGGGUGUGGAAAGCCAGCAACACCACCUUCACCGUCAGCAAGUAUUGGUGCUACCGGAUCCUUUCGGGGGCGCUGGGCGUCCCACUGGCCUUACUCUGGGGCUUCCUCUUUGCCUGUGUCUCCUUCUGCCACAUCUGGGGGGCUGUCCCCUGCAUCAAGAGCUACCUCAUAGAAAUACAGUGCUGCGGGCGCUGCUACGCCUUGUGCAUACGCACCUUCUGCGACCCGCUCUUCGAAGCCAUGGGCCGGAUCUGCAGCGAUGUCCGCGUAGCCCUGCGCAAGGAACGGGCCAAGGACUGAGGAGCCGGCUCUGGCACCAUCUUCCUUCUCUCAACCCCCCCCCCCCCACAACUGGGCUAGGAACCUCUAAAGUGAAGCACGAAGGCGGAAGCCAUUUCCCCCGUCCUACGAAUCAUCCCUUUCCCCUCCUGCAUAUCCAGGGCUGACCCAAGACUUUUUAAAAAUGCGGAAUCAGAAACCAACGAUGAGGUUCUGGGGGGGGGGGGGAGAGGAGAGGGCAGCGUGCAGCUCCCAAAGAAACUUUUGGUGCAAUUACAACAUUCAAGUUGAGCAAAAGUUACAUUCUGUUGCAGACGUUGCCCGUGCAAUUGCGGCUCGCCUGUGUGGUUCCAAACCUUCCUUCUAAAAAGCCCUGCAGAGAUGAGAAAUCCAACCACUCCCAGUCACGCUAACUUUCUGUGGGCAAUUCUUCGGCAAGAAUCCCAUUCUCCACUGAAGAGCUGCAUUUGUGUUGAUGGAAGCUCACGACAGACUUCCCCAACGGAAUCUGCCGCGUGAAUUUAUAUCCGUUUUCCCAUGCGGCCCUUCUGAGUUCCUUGUCUGUUACUUGAACUAGCCACAAGGUUAUCUCAGUAGACAGAACUGGGGCCAUUCUGGGUAAGAGAUGCUAAUGUAGUUAUUCCGGCGUUUCCCCCAAAGUCCCAAUCUCUUGAUUCAGUUCCCUCCGUCUCAUUUCUCACUACGGUGCUAUCUCUUAAAACAGGGGUCUGCAACCUGUGGCUCUCCAGAGGUUCGUGGACUACAAUUCCCAUCAGACCCUGCCAGCAUGGCCAAUUGGCCACAGGUUGGAGACCCCUGUCUUAAAAGAAAGACUGUGUAUGGGUGCUAUUCUGUCACUGCAGUACGCCCCCCCCUUCCCCAUUUCCCCCCAGUUCUUUUGAGACCCCUUUUUUCCUUAUUUGUUUCUGGAAGCCAGUUUUCAGUUAGAAGAAGAAGAAGAAGAGUUUGGAUUUAUAUCUCCCCUUUCUCUCCUGCAGGAGACUCAAAGGGGCUGACAAUCUCCUUGCCCUUCCCCCCUC